CCCGCUUGGCUCAAUUGCACAAAAGCGACGACAGCAACAUUAAGCAACAUUCCAAAAACAAGCGAGAGAAGUGAAAAGGGGAAGCGGAGGAGGAGUUUAAUGGAAUCCAUUUGACAAAACAACUUCUUUUCUUCUUGUCCAUCGUCCGUCUUCAGGAUAAACUUGCCUCAGAACAUCGGUGAUGGCAGUUUCUGUCUCAAGGGAUCUGGCAGUACAAGUUCUGGAGGAUGAGAAUUCAGCCAAACUGACUGACAGACAGCAAGAUGUGUUUGGUGCCAACCAGAAAGGACAGCCCAAAUGUCUGGGGGUGAGUCAAAUUAUGCUGGGACUGAUGAUCAUGUCCUACUCGAUUCCUCUGCACUUCACUAAGUUCACUGAAGUGGUUUUCCUGGGAGUACCAUGGUGGAGUGGCCUGAUGUUUGUCAUUGCUGGAGUGGUUGCCGUCAUCUUGGACAAACGCUGUACUGUAAGGACUUACCGGGUGUCUUUUGUGGUGAACGUCGUGUCCAUGGUUCUCUCGGUUGUCGCUGUGAUCAUCUACUCUGUGGACAUGGACAAAAACCCUGAGGCACCCUGUGUCAAGAGCUCGGCAGAAACCUGUGACGAAAAAUUCUAUGCCACGAGACUGUCCAGAGGACUGAAAUCCUCCCUGCUAGUGUUCACCCUGGCCCAGACUGCAGUGUGUUCAACUCUCUGCAUCCUUCUCUACAGACACAAACGCACCUUUGGCUUGUAUGCUCCAUUCACUCGAGCUGCUUCAUCUCCUCCAAGAGCCCUCAUCACGUCUGACCGGCGCUGAUCAAUCACAUCACCCCACUUUGAUACACUUUCCCACCUUAAAGAUGCUAAAAACAAUCAAAUGUAGAUCAAAACAUGCUAUCUCAACCAAACACCUUUGCUCUGUGUUAUUGCUGACAAAACAAAUGAAUGUAAUAUCUAACAAUAAAGCUCAUUAAUCAUGAAUUUUUUUACCAUAUGCUGAAGGCCACUAUAAAACGUGCUGCGGGCCACAAAUGAGGCCACAGUUACACUGACAACUCAAAAUAUGUCUUCAGUUUACAUUUUGGUUUUUAAUGAUAAAAUAUUUGUCUUCCUGCCUGGUUAGAAAGUACAUUCAGGCUUUUGUCAUGUAGUUCACUGGUGAUGUUCACUGUUUCAAACACGCACCAGAAAUCUAAAUUCACAUUGCUAUACAGAUUUUUAUUUUACUUAUAACUCACAUUAGCUUGUUAGCACGUGUAAAAAGUGCCGACUCAUUUUGUAAAUCGUCAGCGGUCAUCAACUGUGGAUCUGUGCCUUUCAUACAUGAAGAAACACUUCAGUAUUGCAGUGACAAACACAUACGGUACUGUACUGUAUGUUACCAUCGUGUCCUCUUAUGGUGUAUGGUGUUUGUUUAUUUGCAUUUGUUGUAUAAAUGUGUUUUUACAGUAUGUAUGAUUUCUAUGUAUGCUCUAUAUGUGUGCUUUAGGGCUUUUUAUUUACUUAACUGCUUUUAUUUGUAGUCAAUUCUAUCAUGAACAAUUACUGGUCUGUCUGUGAGCCAAUACUUAUCGUUGUACGUACUGUAAAUUGUCAUUUACUUCUUUUGCAAAUGUGUUCAUUAAAGAAUGCAUGCUAUA